AUGAGUAGUAGUUCGUCUUUAUCGAUUACAAGAGCCAAGGAAGCUGCUAGAAUUGCAGAAUUGAAAGCCGAGGCAGCCGCUUCUAACCUCGUGGGUAUAACUUUAAUUUCUCUUUCUUCAGGUUGAAUGAAUCUUCAUGACUGAUGGACUCAUGCCCAUAACAGACCGAAUUCAACGUAACCUUAUUUUAAACGAAAAGGAUAAAUAUAAGGAUAUUAAGCUUCAGCUUCUCAAGGGAGGCCGUGGGCAGUUUGGAUUCCGCUUCCUUAACGAAAUCAAAUGGGCAGCAGCGAGAUUUAACUUUCAGUACCUUCUUAGAAUCGAUGAUGACUACUUCCUGCGUUCAAAAAGGCUUCUUUCUGAGCUACCAUUGAGGCCGAAACAAAAUCUAGUCUGGAGAUUUUUCCACUGUGAAGUAGGAAUCACAUGGCUGGAUGAAGCAUUUAUGAUAUUCUCUGAAGAUAUCAUUCAGAAGUUCUUGGCGCAGAACAAAAGCUCGAUGUUGUGUCAUCCACAUGCGGACCAACAAGUCAUGUUGUGGCUGAGCAAUAUUGUAAACAAAAUAUACUUCCACGAUAUUAGCUAG